GGGGCCUCCGCUCCGCUAGGGGGCGAUAUCAUAAUUUACAAAUAUUAACAUCCGUCAGGACACAAUUGAAAAAGCCGACGACAAGCUACACUGAAGCCUUAACAAGAAAAUGGACACGCGGUUUACUCGAGGGAAAUCCACCAUCCUGGAGCGAGCCCUGACCCGACCCAAGACGGAGGUGAGCCUGAGCACCUUCGCCCUGCUCUUCUCAGAGAUGGUCCAGUACUGUCAGAGCCGGGUGUACUCGGUGUCCGAGCUGCAGACCCGGCUCUCUGAGAUGGGUCAGAGCGUUGGAGCCAGCAUGCUGGACGUCCUGGUGCUGAGAGAGAAGAACGGGAAGAGGGAGACCAAAGUCCUCAACAUGCUGCUCUUCAUUAAGGUGAACGUCUGGAGGUCCCUGUUCGGUAAGGAGGCAGAUAAGCUGGAGCAAGCCAACGACGAUGACAAGACCUACUACAUUAUUGAGAAAGAUCCGCUCAUCAACACGUACAUCUCGGUUCCCAAGGAGAACAGCAGCUUGAACUGUGCUGCCUUCACAGCGGGCAUCGUGGAGGCCAUCCUCACACACAGCGGCUUCCCCGCUAAAGUCACUGCUCACUGGCACAAAGGCACCACCCUGAUGAUCAAGUUCAACGAGGCUGUAAUAGUCAGGGACAAGGCUUUGGAUGGCAGAUAAGAGCGACUGUGUGUGUGUGAUGAGCUGAUGUGGGAUGAAGAGGAACCUAGAUUAUUUAUGGUGUGUGACUCUGCGAAUGAAUGAAUGGAUGUCGAUGUUUCACUGAAACUCAUGUAGAACAAACAAAAAAAGCACUCGUGGGUCAUGUCUAGCCUGAUAUCUUCCGUGAUGGCAUGAACCCUUUUUGACUCACCCAUGUUCCAUAAAAUAUAAAUAUUAAAUAAAUAAAAAUUCAUUUCUAAGAUUCUGAACAUUCAAGAUUUAAACUUGACAAUCUAUUUGGCUAAAAAUGAGAGCCAAGGGGGGAAAAACCCUUCUUGACAAAGUAAAGAGCUAAAGUUGAACAGAAAAUGUCAUUUAUUUCAUUUCAGUCAAAUGUUUUUUGGACAUCCAGAGUUUUUAUUUUUUGUUUUCAUUCCAUUUUUUUUUGUUAUAAAUGUGAAGCAUGUCUUAUUGGGUUUGAGUUUAAAUUCCUGGAAUAAAACACUUUUACUAGUUGUCAUUGUCAAAA